AUGGAGAUCCUGGUGAUGGGUAAACUGACCCUGGUAAUAGGUCUACAGAUCCUGGUGUUGGGCAAACAAACUCAAGUGAUACGUACUCUGACCCUGGUGAUAGGUAUGGAGAUCCUGGUGAUGGGUAAACUGACCCUGGUAAUAGGUCUACAGAUCCUGGUGUUGGGCACACAAACUCUAGUGAUACCUACUCUGACCCUAGUGAUAGGUAUGGAGACCUGGUCAUGGACUCUGAUGCUGGGCACACAGACACUAAUGAUUGAUAUUAUGACCCUGCUGAUAGAUUUUCAAACCCUGGUGAUACGUAUUCAAACCCUGGUGAUGGAUACACAGAGCUUUGUGAUAUGUACUCUGACCCAGUGCCUGGUUAUAGUAUAUAAAAAGUUGCCUUUUCUAUACCUCGAUGAGGAGGAAGACGAUGAUGAUGAGUAUGAUGAUGUGGAGGAAAUCCUGCUGGAGAAGCGGAUGACGUUCCAGAUGAUGGAGGAGAACCAGUGGCAGAACAAUGGGACAUUUGUAUUGAGGGUGAUUUAUGACGAUGACGUUAAUGCCAACAAAGUGACGUUCACCAAGGACAAAAUGGAGGACCUCUGUAAUCAUCUCAUUACCAUCGAAUCAAUUAUCAACAUUGACAAGGGCAAGCAUUUCUGUGAAAGGCACCUAAUUGACUUUGCCACAGAUGAACCAAUCAGGCGGGGCUUUAGAGCGGUGUUUAGCUCAGUUCCUGCUGCGGAGAAAUUCUACAAAAGUUUCCAACAAAGACGCACUUUGGCCCGAGACUCAGAAAUCUCUGAGCGAGACAUGGAACCCCGGGAACUGUUGGUGCCAGAAGUACAUGGGCGAGGAGCUUACGAUGACUGAUGAUAAUACGAGUGAAAU